GAGCUUUGGAGACUCUAGGAACUUCGAUCAGGAGAAAUCACCUUUCAGAAGUGCGGGGUCCUCCAUUUACAACCACAAGCAAUGGCCUGGGAUGAUCCCAUAAUUCCACCAGUUCCUCCACAUGUGGUCAAGGACGUUGCGCACGAUUGCGUUGGGAGUGCCGCUGGAUUUGGAUGCAGCCAUCGAUGCUCCCGUUCCAGAGGUUUGCGCUACAAUGGAAGAACGAUUUAAGAACUAUGACAUGGAUCGUGUUACUCAUGUUGUGAUACAGAGUGUCCAUCAAUCGACAGAUUCAGAUUUUCCGGUGCAUCGGCUACCAAUACGACUGGGACUAUCCCGGCCCUUUUGGCAUUUCCUUGGAAAGAUGGUGGCCAAGGCCGUGUAUGACGAUGAGACCGAGCUUCGCGAACUCAAUUUUGUUGCUAUAGGCCGGCGUGAGUUCGUCGCUUUCACGACGUCCAUGUGGAGGGCUGCCGAAGAACCUGAAGCGAGGACGGAAGCACAGAACGAAGGAGAUAAGGCAGAAACGAUGCCACAGGCCACUGAACUACCGCCGCUUAACGUCAUCGAGGUGAACUUUAAGAAGCCGCAGCCAGGGCAACCAAUCGAAUUAGCUUGGACACCUGCCAGAGGCUUGUUCACCGCCAAAAUCAGACAAUGGAACGAGCGCCGAGCCGCUGAAAAUGAUGAACUGCACAAGUGCAUGGCUAAAGCAGCAGAGUAAACGGGCAGUCCAGUUCUAACCAAGGACAUUAUCAAGAGAGGUUGCUGGUGAUGGAUGGGGUG